AUGAACUGGAAGUCGUACGUUUUUCCCGGGGGUCACCCACCGGCUGCUUUGACUACAGGUCUUGUGGUAUUUCUGACCGCUAUGUAUCUGUUAAGCUUUGUUUUUGCUCUGAGGGAGGACUUGUCUCUGGAACCAGAGUCAUUAUUUAAACUGCAAAUGAGCAAACUAUCGCUGUACCCAUUGAUUCACCUAUCGCUGCCCCAUUUGCUGUUCAACGUCCUAGCUAUUUGGGCGCCCUUGAAUCUGUUCGAAGAAACUCAUGGGACAGUGUACACAGGUGUCUUCUUGAACCUGAGCGCAUUGUUUGCCGGAAUACUCUACUGCUUGUUGGGCAAAUUGCUGUAUCCAGGGGUGUUUGUUGCGGGCUCUAGUGGGUGGUGUUUCACCCUGUUCGCAUACUACAGUUUCAAAGAAUCGCAGAUCCGCCCCAAAACAAGGAUUCUUCACACAGAAUACUCGAUUCCAACCUUGUACACUCCUAUUGUACUAUUAAUCGUAAUUGCUGUCAUUAUACCUGGCUCCAGUUUCUGGGGUCACUUCUUCGGCCUAUGCGUCGGCUACGCCAUUGGUUACAAAGAAUCGUGGUUUCAUAAGAUCACUCCGCCAGGGUGGAUUAUCACCAAGAUUGAAAACUUUCUAAACGGUCUGAUUCGUUUAAUACCUUGGGGUAUUAGAUACUACAAAGACGAGGACAUCGACAGAACUAAGGAUUACGAACCACUGAUGACCACAGAAACACCAUUGCCUCUACAUAACGACAAUUCCGGUACUGUCCUGGGGACCGCCUAA